GAAACAGCCUAAUUAUGGAACAACAGCCAUUGUGAACAUAUCCGUAGACAUUUUAUUAUUGUUUAAAAGGGUGUGAACAGAAAGUGACAGAAUGUCAACAGAUAUUCAAAAUAAGAAAAGUUAAACAUUUUCAUUUGUGCAAGUAUAAAGGAAAAGAUUAAAAAUGAAUGAAGAGUCUGGCUGUGAAUUGCAACAAUUAGUACAGGAAGAGGACGGUGAGGAAAGAUCAAGUCAAGGUGGAGAAGUAACACCUCCUUCAACUCCUGCCAGAUCAGCAAACCGACGAAAUAAAAAUGAUACACAAAAUUCUUCAAUUUCACAGCAAACUCUUUGGGAAAAUAAUAUGCAGACAUCGCCAGUAAUUAGCAAAGCAAGUUCGGGACAAGCAACUACUAGUCAAGGUUCAAUGGCCUCCGGUAGGGCUGUUAAUUCUUCAACUCACACGAUUAGUCAAUCUCGACUAAUUUAUCUAAAUGAGAAAGAAAAACCGAAAGUAGCUCGACCCGAGAUUCCAAGAAUAGGUAAACAGCAGAAAGCCAAGGUUCCUUGCAAGCACCAUUGCUUUUUGUCAGAGGUACCCGAUGUGAGACGCAUGGAACAAGCCCUGCUGCAGCUUCUUGAAGAUUUUCACAGUGGAAAUCUACGAGCCUUCGGAAAGGACUGUAGUAUGGAGCAAAUGAUAGAAAUACGAGAGCAACAAGAACGAUUAGCGAAACUCCACUUUGAACUGGGACAAAGACAAGAUUUUGGUGGCGACAAGUCUGGAUUUCGUCAAUCAAGUUCUAAUAUGCGUCACCUUUUACACAGACUUCAACAACUGAGUGUUUGUAUCGAAAAGUUGCACAACAAAUCAUCUUAAAGUUAUCAUAAUUUUCAUUAUCUCCAUCAAAAGAUUGAGACUCAAUUAGUACAGAUUCGAAUUCAAUGUACGUUACUGAUAUUAAGAUAAUGACAAAACGAAAAUUUGUCCAUAAGUUGUACAAUUUUUUAUUUAGUCGUUAAGAAAUUAAAAAAUGUUUAUUAAGUUAGCAAAACUGCUUUAAGAAUACAUAUUGUUAAA